UAAAGCAACAUGUAACUCACCGUACUGGCAUCGGUCCAAUUCGGAAGGUCAUCUGAGGUAUGCUAAUAGUGUGACGUCAGUGCGGUAAUAAAAGCAGCGAGUCGCGUGAAUCCACAAAGCUCUAACAACCUGUUGGUUGGAAGUGAGGCAGCACAAGCUCAGUUUUCUCUGCUUGGAUACUGACAGAGCCCUGGAAAACAUGUUGUUUUGGCACUACCAACCUGAAAAUUACCACCAACACUCGCCACCCAGCUGUCUCCGCGAUGCGAUGACACCUUUCUACAAGCACGAUGGCAUACAACCCUUAGCAGGGAAUGACGCCAAAAUACCACCUUUUCAGUAUAUGCUAUAUGCAGCCACGUCGCCUGCGGUAAAAACGCACGAAGAGACCCUGACUUAUCUAAACCAAGGUCAGUCCUACGAAAUCCGUAUGCUUAACAGAAAACUAGUGGAGUAUACAGAUAUAAGCAGCAAAUGUGUGAAGAGCAUCGUGCGAGUGCUGUUUCACGAUCGCCGGCUGCAGUACACCGAGCACCAGCAGCUGGAGGGCUGGCGCUGGAGCAGGCCGGGUGACAGGCUCCUGGAUAUCGAUAUCCCUCUCUCUGUGGGGAUUUUGGAGCCGCAAGCGCACCCAAUGCAACUCAACACUAUCGAGUUCCUCUGGGAUCCCGUGAAGAACGCCUCGGUGUUCGUACAGGUCCACUGCAUCAGCACAGAGUUCACCCCCCGAAAGCACGGAGGGGAGAAAGGGGUUCCCUUCCGCAUUCAGAUCGACACCUUCACUCAGAACGAGAGCGGAGAAUACCUGGAGCACGUGCACUCCUCCAGCUGUCAGGUCAAAGUCUUCAAGCCCAAAGGAGCUGACCGCAAACUGAAAACUGACAGGGAGAAGAUUGAGAAGCGGUCCCUUCAGGACCGGGAGAAAUAUCAGCCUUCGUACGAAACCACACUGCUGACAGAGUGUUCUCCCUGGCCUGAUAUACCCCGUGUCAGUAGCACCACCAGCACUCCGUCCCCGGCCAACCACAGCUCCCCACCCCCCUGCAGCGUUACCGAUGGAAACUGCUCUCCAAACCAGCAGGGGGAGCUAUUCCUGCCCAGCUGCUCUGAUCACCUCCUCCCGUCCUGCAGCCCCCAGGACACCCAGGUCUGGCUGCAUCGUCACAGGUUCUCCCCUUUCUGCCGGCUCUUCUCCAGAUUCUCGGGCGCUGACCUCCUGAAGAUGUCCAAAGAGGACUUCAUUCAGAUAUGCGGACCGGCUGAUGGGAUUCGCCUUUACAAUGCCACCAAAGGGAGGUGCAUACAGCCGCGCCUCACGGUGUACGUUCGUCAACAGCACCCCAAGCACGCAGGAGGCGACGUGUACCACGCGCUCUACCUGGAGGACCUGACUCUCCAGGAGCUGACUGAGAAGAUCGCCAACCUGUACAGAAUCUCCCCGAAGCAAAUCAGCCAGGUUUACAGACAGAGCCGCACCGGCAUCCACGUGCUGGUAUCUGACGAGAUGAUUCAGAACUUCACUGAGGAGAUGUGCUUUGUUAUAAACCCACUUAAAGAUAAAAACAGCAAUGGAUUUAGUGUUGUCCUGAUGUGAACAGGAAGAGCAGCUUUGCAGAGAAGAUGGAAGAGAUUUUCUCCCCAUGAAAUCUGGAACUCAGUUUACGAAAAAUUCAGCUGUUGCUUUUUUGUAUUUUUAUAUUAAGUUAUUGAUUGACUUUUGAUGAAGUGUGUAAUUGUGUGUAAUAAAAAAUGCAUUUAAAAAUAUUUUCUUAUAAAAAAUGGAAUGUCUGAGAGCAUAAAAUCAGUGGAAAGUUGACUAAUCUCUAAAUCCAUUAAAAUACUGUUUUUUGGUGCUUGAAAUGCCUUAACUAGAAAUAUACAGUUAACAGAGGUGGAAAAUGUAGGUCCAGAAAGUAAAGGUCCUCUGCAGCAUUUUGUUCCAAUCACCUGGAUUUGCUAAUUAGCUCAAUCCCUGCCCAGGGACUACGGGUGGAAAUUAGCAAAUUGCUAUAACCCGGUACAUUACAUCUUUCCUUGUUUUAUAUAAGGUUAAUGUUCUUUGUACACUGUCCCUGUUUAAAUAAACUAAAUAAAUAAUUCUUCAGCGAGGAGGUAGAACGUGUUAGUGAAAUCAGUUGGCUGAGUUCUUGGGAGGAAGAAACACAUAGCCAAACUUUUACUUUCUGACCCCUGAAUAUUCCACCUUUGACAAUCAACAAAAUACAGGCAUCGCUGCACAGCUGGAUGGUCUGUUUCUGUGAUUGUGUUCCUGCAGGUAAACUUAUGUCAGCCUCACGUGCAUCCUGUCAGUAAAGGCUUUUUAAGUUUUAAAUGCUGCUGGUUAAAUUCCGAAAAUCAUACCAUAGACCUGUAAAGACACGGUCUGUUACCUGCAUAUCGUUACAGUAUAUAAAUAAACAUCAUUCGUUUGUUGGUGUACCUGGAUUCAUGGCAUGUUCUCAGAACAGUUACGCAUGCCUGUCCACAGGAAGGUGCAUUCACAUCUCUACAGCUGUUCUAGAAAUCACAGCCAGGUUUUCAGAUAACAUCUCCAAUAGCUGGAUAUCAUAUCCAUUACAUGAAAAUUCUUUUAAUAUCAUCCCCCCAAAAAUUUAGUGAUUGUCCUGUCUUAGACUAAAUGUAAUAUUACAAUGUGUACAUGUUGUAUAUUUUCAAUUGGUCAAAAUUUCUUCAUGGCCAAAUGUCCCUGUAUAUUUAAAUCCAGUGAAAUCGCAUGAAAUGUGUCACCAAUUGAAAAUGCAGAUGUGAAAGAUAUAGGUUCAAAGCAAAUGAACAAAUCUGUAGUGACUAAGGGCAGUGUGUGUGUGUAGAACCACUGAAGAUGGAUGUCAAGUGUAUUUUCUGCUUUUGUGUUUCGCAGACCCCUUGUGAAUAUGCUGCUUAUGUUGUUUAGUGUUGUCAUAUUGUCUCAAGAAUAAACUGAUUCUUUAUUUUCUUAGUUUAAGGCUCUGCAAAACAAAACUGUAUUAUUUAAUAUAUUAUUUCUAUGCUGUAACUACUGUAAUACAGUACAGUCCUGUGUUAUCAGUGUUUAUAGUCAUGGUUGCUGCAAGUUCUCAUUUUUUGCUUAACGGUAAAUGUGUGCUAUUUUCCCUCCCGAUGUAUUGAUUGUAAAAUGUGGCUGAAUCUUUGGAUGUUGCUCAGUAACAUCUGUAAAUUAGAUUUGAAAGCUCUUUCCUGCCUUAGCAUGUUCCCCAAAAUAAAGCAUUUUGCACUGGAA